AUGUUCUCUCGACUGAGCCAAGUAGCCAGACAUUUCUCCCGUCCGCUCCCAAACUACGCUCAUACAUCUGCUGCGGCGGUUCCUUCGAUUGCGAAUCGCAUCAUGUCGUCAUCAAGUGCUACGGCAGAUGAGCGCAACACGAGGACGAUACAUACGGCUGCGUGCUUGAUUAUUGGAGAUGAGGUUUUGGGUGGGAAGACGAAUUCGGCGUAUAUGGCCAAGUUCUGCUUUGGACUGGGAAUGAACCUGAAGCGUAUCGAGGUUAUAGGAGACGAAGAGAGCGAAAUCGUAGAAGCCGUUCAGAGAAUGAGCACUAACUACGAUUUCGUAGUAACAAGUGGAGGGAUUGGUCCUACCCACGAUGAUAUUACCUACCAAUCCAUAGGCAAAGCCUUCAACCUCCCCCUGGUAUUCCACGAAGAAGCAUACGAGAAGAUGAAGAAGCUAUCGAAGACCAACUUAAAGCAACCAAAUUUCAACUGGGAUGAAGAUAGCCCAGGACGAAAAGCCAAGAUCCGAAUGAUUGAAUUACCUACCGAUAAAUCUCGAGAUGCAAAACAGCAAGUUAUAUUUCCAGCAGAGGAUUUAUGGGUGCCGGUUGCGUGUGUAAAUGGCAAUGUCCAUAUAUUACCAGGAGUUCCGAGACUAUUUGAGAAAUUAUUAGAUGGGAUGAAACCACAUUUGCUGCCCCGAUUGACGGAUCCAGAAGGGAAGGGUAUCCAUAGAGUUUUGAUCUCGACACCAUUGUCUGAAAGUUCGGUUGCGACUUAUUUGACAGAGUUGGCAGCGAAGGUUGAGCCAAAUGGAGUCAAGGUUGGAAGUUAUCCUCGAUGGGGAAAGAAGAGAAAUACCGUGACUUUAGUUGGAAGAGAUCAAGCUUACCUCGAUAGCCUAGUUGAUGAAGUCGUAAAGAACGUCGAAGGUCGUGUCGUCAAAGUAGAAGGCGAGGACGACGAACCAGAUGCCUAA